AUGAGACUAAAUCUACUUUCAUUUCUCCUGAUUAUUCCAUACGUUCUUUCUGCUUUAGUCACAGACUACAUCGUCACUACUAACGUGGCUGGUGUCGUAUCUACCAUGACUAGUAUAUAUGAUCCGGAAGAUAAAAUAACGAAAACUAAAAAGACCACCAAACUUACAACACCACUUAUAACUACUUCCACUACCACACCUAUCACACCUACAACACCCGUUACUACUGCUAUUACUACUGCUACUAGUAAAUCUAGUAAAUCUAGUAAAUCUACUAAACCUACUACACCUGCUACUACAGCAACCACUAAGCCUACCACCACUACCAAACCUAUCACCACUGGCAUGGUAACUGCUGUUAUUACUUCUAGUUUGGAUAAUGGUGCUUUGACCACAUAUACCACCGUUAUUCCAUUAGCUUCUUUCAGUACCACCUCUUACGUCAAUUCAAGACAUAGACCAGACCCAAGCACUUCAGUGACCCCAGAACCUCUUACCCCCGUGACCACUUUAUCUUGGCAAAGUUGGGCCACCAUCACUGAGGGUGAUACCACAUACACCACAAGUUUGUCUCCAAUCAUCAUCUGGAUUACUGUCACCACUAAUGGUGCCUUGGCUACAAUUUCUACAACGUAUAUCCAAAGGUUCAGUACCCAGUACUCGACUAUUGCUCAACCAAGUUCUGGAUCCAUUGGAUUAGGCACAAUAUCUGGUGAAGUUGGUGUGGUCAAGCCUGAACAUCUAACUACAAUCAAGUAUAAUAAUGCAUUUAUUCUACAAGCAAGUCAUCCAAUAUUAUCCAUUUGUGCAAUUUUGUUAUCAUGGUUAUUAUGA